ACACUAGUCUUGAGCACAAAAACUCAGGGACAGCACCCAGGCCCCAAGUUAAAGCCCCAGGACCAACACAAAAAAAAAGAAAGAUGGAUCUUCCCAGAGAUAUGUAUUCAUCUUGGAAACAGCCCAUAGCCCAGAGCCCUGAGGAACUUCAGCACGGAAGGAGGCUUGAGUGAAAGAUGCAGAGAGGACUGGGGGCAUGGUUCAAGGGGUAGAGAACCAGCCCAGCAAGUAGAUACUCUGAGCUCAAACACCCAGUAUGUCAUAAGUCAGAAUGGUAGAGGAGAUCAGGAGAACACCCGCCUUCGUGUUCUCACCGACCCAGGAGUCUCAAUGUGUAACAGAUAUGGAGAGCCAGAGACAGAACAAAGCAUGGAAUCUUUCAGACGUCUUCUCGUCUGGAUGGGUAUUUUAAAUUCAUGACUGUCGAGAGUAAAAUUCUUCAAAGCAUUUUUUUCUAGCAUGCAUUUCUAAAUAUGGCUUGUGUCAGUCUGAACAAAAAACAUGGCAUUGGUUGGGCUUUGAACUUCAUAGACAAAAACUUCACUAAUCUGCUACAAGAAUUUCCUGUGGUGUCUCCACAUCUCUGUGGUAUCCAGGGCAGAUAUUCAGGUUUAUGUUAUUGUGGGCUGGAUAAGAGAGAACAUUUUCCGUGUCUAAAAAGGGAGUUGUGGAAUAGAUUUUUUUUCCCUGUUUUUGUUUUGUUUUUUGGUGGAAGUUCAGAAUCAAACUUGAUAUCUGAUGUUUAUGUUCAUUCGCAGGCCUCCUACAACCUGAGCCAUGCCUCUAACUCCUCUAUUUUUUCCCCAGCAGCUUUAUAGAAAUACAACUCACAUAACAUACAGUCUAUUCACUUGCUAUAUAUAUGAAUAAAAUUUAUAGCUAAAAACCAUGAAUUACAAUAGAUUUUGGAACACUUUUUUUUUUUUUUUUGCAGUACUAGAGUGUGAACCCAGGCUCACAAUUGUUAGAUAGCUGCUUAUCACUUGAAUUACACCACCAGCCCUUUUUUGCUUUAGGAAAUGACAUAGAGGCCUUAUGAAUACAUGCUUGCGUUCUUGAUUCAGACUUCAGACUUAACCAGGGCCAACCCAGUCUGGAAGCACAUCUUAAUUAACGUUACAAGGAAACCGCUACCUCAGCAAACAAAAAGCAAGUAGGAAGAUUACCAUCACAAAUGCCAAUUUUAAAGAAAACUUGUUUUCCAAAAACCUUACAGGAAAUUUGGACACUUUUAGGAUUGAGGAGAAGCUUUAUAGGUAAAUGGAUUUGACAGGCGGGCUCUGUCAAAAGUCUGCAGAGGUUUGCCCUUCGUUCUUAAGAACCUUGUGUGAAAUAACCCCUGUACUGCUUUUUAAAUUGCUGUUGAUCAGCUUAUGGGUGUGGGGUUCUAAUUUUUUUGGUAUAUUGAAGAUUCAUUAUAUUGCAUUUUGAAAAGUUAAGUUAUUUUUCUGCCAUUGUAUAUACGAAUAUGGAAAGUAUUCUUGCAAAGCAAUUAAACAUUUUUCUCAGCAAGCAUAUCUUUUUAUGAAGAAAGUUAGAAUGCUACAGUUCUUACGCAGCAUUUUAGACACUUUUUAUUUUUUAUUUUUAUUUUUUGGUCCAGCAAUCCUGCCUCCAUUGAAAAUACUAAUUGUAUGAACCUGUUGUCCUCAUCUCUAUGUUGGCUCACACAGUCACCUGCCUCAUGGAAAUGCCUUUUUUAAAACGGAGAUUUGCAGAACUCCACUAUUUUUAUAUCUAUCUACAGUUUUGACAGACAGUAAUUAAAACUUCAAACUCACACCUACCUGCGAUUCCUGGCACAGUUUCCCCCACCCGCAUGUAUUGCUGCAGUGCUCAGGACAGUAAAAUGGACCACAAGCGGCGCUUCCUGCUUGGCGGGUCCAAGCAGAAGGUGCAGCAGCAUCAGCAGUACCCGCUGCCAGAGCUGGGCCGAGCCCUGAGUGCUCCCCUGGCAUCUACGGCCACUGCUGCCCCCCUGGGCAGUCUGACUGCUGCAGGCAGCUGCCACCAUGCCAUGCCCCACUCCACUCCCAUCGCUGACAUCCAGCAGGGCAUCUCCAAGUACCUGGAUGCCCUCAACGUCUUCUGCCGUGCCAGUACUUUCCUCACAGAUCUCUUCAGCACCGUGUUCAGGAACUCCCCCUACUCCAAGGCAGCCGUGCAGCUCCGAGAUGUACAGGAACACGUCAUGGAGGCAGCCAGCCGGCUGACCUCGGCCAUAAAACCCGAGAUUGCCAAGAUGCUCAUGGAGCUCAGUGCCGGGGCCGCAAACUUCACAGAUCAGAAGGAGUUCAGUCUCCAGGACAUUGAGGUGCUGGGGCGAUGUUUCUUGACAGUAGUACAAGUUCAUUUCCAGUUUUUGACUCACGCAUUGCAGAAGGUCCAGCCCGUGGCUCACUCUUGUUUUGCUGAGGUGGUUGUACCAGAGAAAAAGAACAGUAGCAGUGGUAGCAGCUUGUCUGGCAUGGGCCACACUCCUGAACUGGAGGAAGCUGUGCGAUCCUGGCGGGGGGCUGCUGAGGCCACAUCUAGACUGAGAGAAAGGGGCUGUGAUGGCCGCCUGGCAGGAAUUGAAGUCCAGCAGCUCUUUUGUUCCCAGAGUGCAGCCAUUCCCGAGCAUCAGCUGAAAGAACUGAACGUUAAAAUCGACAGCGCUUUGCAGGCCUAUAAGAUAGCUCUGGAAAGUCUAGGCCACUGUGAAUACGCAAUGAAAGCUGGCUUCCACCUGAACCCAAAGGCGAUUGAGGCGAGUUUGCAGGGCUGCUGCAGCGAGGUAGAAGCCCAGCAAACAGGCCGGAGGCAGACUCCCCCGCAGCCCAUGCAGUGUGAGCUUCCCACUGUCCCCGUGCAGAUAGGACCACACUUCCUGAAGGGAGUCUCCUUUAACGAGUCAGCUGCGGACAAUCUGAAGCUGAAGACGCACACAAUGUUACAGCUGAUCAAGGAAGCGGGCUGCUACAAUGGAAUCACAACCAGGGACGAUUUUCCUGUCACAGAAGUGCUGAACCAGGUGUGCCCAUCCACAUGGCGGGGUGCCUGUAAGACGGCUGUGCAGCUGCUGUUCGGCCAGGCAGGACUGGUUGUAGUUGACACCGCACAGAUUGAAAAUAAAGAAGCCUACGCCCCCCAGAUCAGUUUAGAAGGCUCCAGAAUCGUGGUUCAAGUCCCAUCCACAUGGUGCCUGAAGGAAGACCCCGCUACCAUGUCCCUGCUGCAGAGAAGCCUUGAUCCUGAGAAGACCCUGGGCCUGGUGGAUGUGCUCUACACAGCUGUACUGGACCUCAACCGCUGGAGAGCAGGCAGGGAACAAGCUUUACCCUGCAUACAGAUCCAGCUCCAAAGAGAGGUCUGUGACUUUGGGAAUCCAGCCGACCUACCUUCUGGAAAUGGCACCAAAUCUUCAGGCGGCCUGCAGAAGACCUUCUCCAAACUGACCUCCCGGUUCACCAAGAAAGCUUCCUGUUCUGGCUCGAGCAGUGGCACAAAUUAUUCCAUCCCAAGCACCCCUUCCAAAAACAUCUUUAUAGCUGGCUGUUCAGAAGAGAAGGCCAAAAUGCCUGGCAACAUAGACACACGAUUACAAAGCAUUCUGAACAUUGGCAGUUUCCCUAGAACCCCAGACCCUUCCCAGUCAGCUCAGAAUUCCAGUAAUCCAAUGGCCAAUGGUUUCCUCCUGGAGAGGCGGGAGAACUUGCUGCCCGGGGAAGAUGGCAAGGAUGAGAAGGGCAUGAACUUACCAAGCGAUCAGGAGAUGCAGGAAGUGAUCGACUUCCUCUCUGGCUUCAACAUGGGCCAGUCACAUCAGGGUUCCCCGUUAGUGACCAGGCGUAAUUCUGCUGCCACAGCCUUGGUGACUGAGCAGAAGGCCGGAGUUUUGCAACCACAGCAGCCGUCACUGCCAGUGCCCCCUCCCCCACGCCCCCCCCAGGCUGGGGCCCACCCCCCUCUGACCUCCCAGCCAAGUCUGGUCCCUCAGCAGCAGUCUCCAAAGCAACAACCACCCCAGGUGCAGUACUACCAACACCUGCUCCAACCCAUUGGACCACAGCAGCCCCCACCCCAGCCUCGGGCACCUGGGAAAUGGGUCCAUGGCUCCUCCCAGCAGCCGACACAGCCGGUGGGAGCAGGUCUGUCUCCUCUGGGCCAGUGGCCAGGCAUAUCUGACCUGAGUUCUGACUUGUACAGCCUGGGUCUAGUAAGCAGCUACAUGGACAAUGUGAUGUCAGAGGUUCUGGGACAGAAGCCACAGGGACCUAGAAACAACACCUGGCCAAACCGGGACCAAAGCGAUGGAGUCUUUGGAAUGCUGGGAGAGAUUCUGCCUUUUGACCCUGCAGUGGGUUCAGAUCCAGAGUUUGCUCGCUAUGUGGCAGGAGUGAGCCAGGCAAUGCAGCAGAAGCGGCAUUCCCAGCAUGGUCGCCGACCAGGCCACACCCGAGGCAACUGGCCCCCCAUGGAGGACGCCCACCGGACCUGGCCUCUUCCAGAGUUCUUCACAGAAGGGGAUGGCCUGCACAGUGGCUGGUCAGGUGCUCAAGGAGACUCCGCCAGUUCCAGUGAUGAGACAUCUUCAGCCAACGGGGAUAGCCUGUUCUCCAUGUUUUCAGGGCCUGACCUCGUGGCUGCAGUCAAGCAGAGAAGGAAACAUAGCAGUGGAGAGCAGGACACCAGCAUGCUGCCCUCGCCACCUCUCCUUCCCACCGUGGAGGACAUGAACCAGGAGAACAAAACCAAAACCUGGCCGCCCAAAGCACCCUGGCAGCAUCCUUCCCCGCUGCCCAGCACGCUGCCCAGCCAUGGCACACCCCUCUAUGCCGUCGCCAGCCCUGGCAGCCAGUGGAACGACACCAUGCAAAUGCUGCAGUCCCCCGUGUGGGCAGCCACCAGCGACUGCAGUGCCACCUCCUUCACUUAUGUGCAGACGCCGCCGCCACAGCCUCCGGCCCCAACCCCACCAGCACACAAGGCAGCACCCAAGGCCUUCAAGGCCUUCCCUGGCAAGGCUGAGCGCAGGCCGGCCUACCUGCCCCAGUACUGACCAGGGCAAGCCUGCCUGUCAGCCGGAGCUGGAGUGGUGAGCGCCCCUGCACCUGGGCUGAUACCAGCCUCCUCCCGCUCCCCUAGAGGACCAGUGCACCCCGAUCCCAGGGAGGGGAAUAUUCCUCGGGGGCAGGGGCAGUUGGCAGCUCAAAGUCAUGUUUCUCAGACUUUGAAAAGCAGCAGACCCGGGAGAACCAGCCGAAGGAGAGUCCAGUGCUGGGGGGUUGCUGUGAAAUCUGCAUGCUUAGUAAGCACCUCGGGUGGUUGGGAUAGCCUAUCUGGAGAACAGGUGUCUGAGGGGAUUAAUCCUGCUUUGUGCGCAGAUGGCCUGAGGCCUGUAAGGCUGAGAACAAAACGGACUUCUUCUGGCAGUCUUUCCUCCUUCCUCGACACACUGGGUGUUGACCACACCAAUCACUGACAUCAUAGCUAUUUUUCACAUAGGCUUUGGUUCAAACUUCUCCUGCCUAAAAUGCCCAUGAGUCUUUUAACAUACCAGAUAUACUGGCUGGAAGUUUGCUCUCAACACUAACUUCAUUUAACACCAUACACAGUGGGAUAAGUAUAGACUCCUUGUGAUCAGAAGUGGCCACUGGGUCUUUCGGGGCUUGGUUAACUCGUCUCACCCUGCAGUCUUCACCAGAUUCACAGAGGCAGGAUGAAAAGCUGGUGUUGAAGGUGUACUUCUUCUGAUGGGGCUCAGAGAUGAGCCACUGCCCAUGGAGACUGCACCCACUGCCCCUCAUGUGGCCAGAGGGGUGGGCACAGGCCCAGGUAGGGAGUCGUGGGGGAGGGGCUGCAUGGGCCCCCUCACACACGUACACCGAAACCACAGGGACACUGUGAGCUGGCUCAGAAGACAAACUGAUUGUGAUGUGGACAGCAGUUAAAAGUCUUUAGAAAACAAACAACAAAAUCAAACACAAACUACAUUUUCAGUUAACAUGUGCCAUUAAGUAGAUAAUAUCCUGUGGAUUUAGGGGUAUUUUCCAGCCAGGAUGGAUCCAGAAGAAUUGAAUGGUGCUUAAAUUGAAAAAUAAUAAAUAAAUAUCUAUAUAGACUAGACAUCCCACUGUAUUAUUAGUUGAGGUUGCAGAAAGUUCUUUAUAUAAAUCUUAUUUAAAUUUUUUUCAUAUUUCACCUUUGAAAAAAGUCUAAUUGAGAAAAAUCCAUGAUAUUUUCUGGUAUGAAAGUUUGACAGUAUUAAUAUUUUUUUUAUAUUUUCUUAAAUCAUUAAACCAUUUUAAUAUAUGUUUAACUACUAAUAAAUGGUUUAUUCUUUCUAACUCCAUUACAAGCUUUUCCAACAAAGAUUUAAUAACACAUUUAUGUUCUCAUUUUUCUACAGAUAGAAGUAAAUUUAUAUUUAAAAAUACCAAAAAGAACAUAUAUGUAUGUACACACAUCACUCACACACAUGCACGCACACACAGGCAAACCCAAAUCCUAGAGGACCCAUAGGGCUUCUGUGCCCAGCCACCUGAGAUUUCCCUAUGGUGUUGUCUUGGCUGUGUGCAGACGCCAUUGCUGCCUGUAUCUGCGAUCCUUCACCCACCAUGGGUUCCAUUCACCUCACCAUGUUUACAGAGAACUGUUUUGUACAUAGAGUUUUUCAGGCACGUGUUUUGCACCAACCCUGUGUGGCUCUUGUCUGUUAGUUGUCACAGUGUGCACACUAAUCUCUGUUGACGUUCCUUGUGGCUGAUUGGUUUUUUUUUUCCUUGUAAGAUAGUUUUUUCUAUCUCCUUCAGUAAUGUGUUUCUUCCAGUUCUGUUAGACAGAAGCACUCUGGUUUUAACAGUGCCUCCCCAGACCACCCCACCCUGGACACACAUCAGUCCUCUGUGCCCCUGCCCCUCUCCCUAGCACCUUCCAGUUUGUUUUGUUUUCCUCCCCCUCUCCUAUCAAGGAAGACACUCUGUGUACUUGCAUCUCCAUAGCGGAGACUGUGGGGCGCUGUUUGUGUAGUCUCUGUGUGCGGGUGCUGUGUUCCUAGCCCUGCCCGCUCUGAACACUGGUGAUUCCAGGUGCUGCGCUCGGCGGAGAGGUCUUGCCAAAGCGCAUGUGUGUGUGAGUGUGUGUGCACGUGCGCGUGUGUGUGUGUGAGUGUGCGUGUCCUCUACAUGACUGAGCAGGCAUGACUGUCUUGCUCAGACAUCUGCAGGAUUUUGGGUGAAGAGUUACUAUGCUUCCAAACUGGAACUCUACAUUUUGUAUCUUACUUUGAAAGCUCCUAUAAAUAAAAUAACUAUUGGCUUUAUUAAAAUAUAUAUACAUUUAAUAAUACUUUGUAUCUUUAUUUAAAACAAAGGGCAGCAGCAGUCAGAAGCUGCCUUGAUUCAAGGCUUUAAGAAGCUUUGCCUGAGUUGGUUUUUAGGUCAGCAUGCCCUCUGAUUCUGAGGUCUGUCAGGGAGUCAGGAUGAGUUAGAGUGGACAGGCAGGACACAGAGAACCAAUCACAGGCCUUCACACUGGCUACCCUGAGCCAGAGCCAGAACAGGCCUCUGUGUGUGCAAAUGGAGCCACCGCAGAGGUGAAGGAGACAUCUGGGAGAAUACAGACAUGCUGUCUGAGUUGAGUUCUGCCAGAGCUCAUGUCCCCCAUCAGCAUGGGUGUUGUACCCUUGUGUCCUUGUUCCUCCGUCAUUGGGUCCUCCCCAGCUAAGGAUCCAGUCUCUGCUAGGAGACUUGCCUCACAGGGACAGGAAGACCUCUCUGACCAGACAGUGCCAUCCUACUAUGCAGAUGGAAGAUUGGGAUGAGAACCACACAGAAUGGACUACAGAAUUUCGGCUUCUUUUCAUUUACAAAAAAACAGCGUGUCACUGAAAUUUUUACACAAAUUUAGGGAUGCCAGAUUAUGAUGUAAGCAACAAGUAUAAGUACUACCCACGCUCCUUGCUCAGAGGCCUUGAGGUUGGGCAUAGGUACCAACUCCCAGAGCCUUCCAGAUGAUCUUCAAAAUGGUUGCUUAGUAACCACCAUUUGGUGCUAAGAAAUACUCCAGAAAUUCAGGGGGUGUCGCUCAGUGGCACAGCCUGUGCUCAGCAUGCCCAAGACCCAUAAUAAUCUAUAAAAUAUAUCAAAGGGAAAAACGUUAUUCAAGUGUGUGCCUGUUUAACAGAGCCACUCCUCCAGCAUUCACUGGACAGGACCUGAG